AUGGACGUUAAAGACAAAACUAUUAUUAUCCAUGGUGGUACUUCAGGGAUUGGGAAAGAGUUGGUAUGCACUCUUGUUUCGAGAAAAGCUAAUGUCAUUUUCUCGGGAACAAAUAAACAAAAAGGACAAGACGUCAUUGAGGGACUGAAUAGUUUAUACAAAGGAAAAAGACCUCAUAAUGCUAUUUUUUACAACAUGAACGUGACUGAUUGGAGAGCGCAAGAAGAGAUCUACACAUUUGCCGAAAAAAGCUUCGGAAAGACAAUCGAUAUUGUCAUUGUAGUUGCUGGGAUAUUAGAUUCUUCAAACCUAAUCAACGACACAGAAAAUGAUGGCCAUUAUCAAACCAUUGAUGUCAACUUAACUGCUACCAUCAAGGCAAAUCGUUUUGCUGUUCAGUACUUUUUAAAAAAGAAAAAGGCGGGCUGUGUGAUCAACACUUCGUCUGUUUAUGGUUUAGCUGCUGGUCCAACAGCGCCCAUGUAUGCUGCAUCAAAACACGCUAUUAUUGGCCUUACAAAAUCAUAUGGAAACCUACUUCGGUCGACUAAUAUUCGAGUCAAUGCGAUUGCUCCUCACUUUGUUGAAACACCUAUGAUACCAGGCGAAAGCUUUAAUGUGAUCAAAGCAUUUGGAACUGUUUCAAUGAAGAGUUGUAUAGACGCUUAUCUCUAUGCAAUCGCAGAUGAUUCACUCAAUGGUGAUAUUAUUUCUGUAUCACACUUAGGUACAACGGUCCAGUCACGUUUCUCAGAUCCUUUACUUGAACAACUUGAUUUUUUGUCUAGCAAACGACGAGAAAAUGUUCUAAACGCUAUUUUGGAUCAAUUUCAAUAG